UUUGUAUCCAAUUAGUAAAUCGUAAGAUCGUAUAGCCGCGCGGUAGAAGUAAUAUUAUGCUUUGUGCUCGGAGUUGUCUCGCAAAUCGCGACCUCUGCCUGCGUUGAAACUGGUUUGCUCUUAUUUGACGAUUUCUUCUCAAUAGCUGCGUCUGCGAUUUAGUGCGCGGUCGUUUCAUCGGUUUCAUUAAAAUGAAUAAACUCUAUAUUACUGUAGUGGUUCUUUUAACCGUUGCGUUUAUAACCGUACAGUGUAACAAGACGCCAUCAGAACAAUGCUCAGGUCAAAACUUCGAGGAUCUUACCGAUAGGAUCCAAGUAUUGCCUUGCGGCAAGUCGCGCUGCAAGCUUCGCAAGGGCACCAACACCACCGUUAUAUUUAAAUUCAAACCAAAAACCGAAGUCAAAAAGCUUACAAAUGAUGUGUACGCAGUCAUAGCUGGUCUACCAUUGCCGUUCAUCGGAGUGUCGGGGGUGAGCGCGUGCGCGCAAGUGAAGCGCGCGGACACCGGCGAGCCUGCGCCCUGUCCACUGGCGCCCAACCAGGAGUACUUGUACACCAACCACUUCCCCAUCGAAUCCUUCUAUCCCGCGGUACCCCUUCGCGUCCACUGGAGCCUUAAUGAUGGCGUAAAAGACGUCAUUUGCUUUGAAGUACCCGCUGUGAUAGCGUAGGGAUAAAGGGCGAGUAAAGGUGAACGCACACUUAUCCGAGCCGAACGCGUCGAAAGAGUCGAACGAAACGAAUUUUAGAAUUCUCUAUAUGAAAUCUAUUUCCGAUUCGGACGAUUCGACGCGGGGAAGUGUGCGAGGUUUCAUGAGAUUUCAUAUACAGGUUUCUAAAAUUCGUUUCGUUCGGCUCGUUCGAAGCGUUCGGCUCGGAUAAAUGUGCGUUCAUCUUAAAAGUAGACUUUAAUGUACUUUGGAUGUAUUUAUGAGCCGAGCGACCACGACACCAGCAGUUGCGAUGCGAUAUGCUCUCCUUGCAUUUCUGUACGCAGCAGUGUGCUGUAAGCAAAUAGGUCUACAAACUUGUGCUAUCGCAUUGCGAUCACGAUUCAUCGUGUUCGUCUGUCUCAUAAUCUACGUUUAUAUUUUUUUCCUACAGUAUUAAAUAAGAGUACUAUCACUUGUUACAGUAAUUAAAGUUCCACGCUUUUACCCCGUACACUCUCCACUAGGCGGUGCGAAAAAUGUGAGUGUUUGGACAGCGCCAUUAUCCAUCCAGUGUGUGCUCUAAAUUAAAGCAACACUGGAACCGGUAAACGGUGUGGGUUUUUUAGCACGUAAUGAAAAUGAUUGAGGCCUGAGAGGUGAGCUUGCGAAAGGUGUCGCGUAUAGUUCCGGGGUGAGACGUUAUAGCAAAGAUGCUAUUAGUUACUAGCGAUAAAUGUGAUCUAAGCAUCGAAGAGUUGCAGGUGUGCUUUUCGAUCAGCUAAACUAUUUGUUGUUUCCGUGCUUUUAGCAGGCGUUAAUUUAUAAAUUCCAUGAUAUACCUACCUACAAGGAACCUCAAGCUUGAUUCGCUAUAAUCCGCCAAGACAAUCAAAUCUGUAUGGUACAACUUGCAUGUGAUAUGCACCGCCCACCCUCUCUCUACUAAAGAAGCAGGGAAAGCAAGCCAUAUUCACUACCAACACGCAAGACCACAUAUACCUUCUAUGUACCGCAUUCAACGUACUGUAUGUUUGAUGUUUCAUCCUGACACCGGAGCAUCCUCAGGAGAAAUUUUGACGUGACCAUAUACAGAUUUGUCUGUUUUGACUUUGCAUGGGCAGGUUAUGGCGGAUCAUAACGAAUUAAGUUUGUUCUUUCUCGUAUUUGUUUUUGUUUGGUAGCAUUAUAUGUAAUACCUAUGCUAUGUGCAAAAUAAAUGUCAAACUGAAAUACUUUACUGAAAGUUAUUCAAGCAUUAUGAAACAAAACAAUUAAAGAAAUACCUAUAUGAGCUGUAGAUAUAAUAUUCUCGCUCGUAAGUCAUAAAAAUAAUAUGUUUUAUAAUUUUAUUCUUAGCUUUAGUAAUAUUUAUGUAUUCUGAGCAAGUACCUAGGUAGGUAGGUAUCUAAGUAUGUGUGAUUAUUUUGUAAGGUAUAGGUUAAAUUAAGAAUGAUUAAGUACCCUAUUUCACAAUGAGGUUAUUACUAGUACCUAACUAUAAAUAAUAGGUACCUACUUAUUUUAAUAUCUUUGCUAUUUCAUAAAUAAUACCUAAUUGUUCAUAAUAUAAAACUAUCGUCGUAAGAAAAAACUACGUCUUAUUAUUAAAACCAGUUUUAAUGUCCUUAUUAUAAUAAUACCUAUAAAUACCUAUACAAUAACAAUGUUGUUGAACCACGUGAAAACGUUGUUCUGCAUUUUUUGUUCGUCAUUUUUACCUAGAAGCGAGAUCUAGAUUUUUCCUCAGAAUGAGGCCUGUUACACAGUGGCGUGCACAAGUUUGGAGCCAGGAUAAGCCUUAUUUUAUAAACAAUGAACGUUGAGUUAAUUCUCCAAAGGUAAGCAACGCUUUUGUGCCUGUAUGAUCUGCACGCCACUGCUGUUACACUAUCAAUAUUAUUAUCACGGGAAACGCGAUAUCACGAUCUUGUAUCGAGGAAAUAUUGAUGAUAUUAACAGGAUCGCAAUGUACCUAUCCGAACGUUCUUGAAAUCCUGCGAUCUCCGAACUGUGAUACGAUAUUGAUAGUGAACAUCCCGCAAUUCAGUCAUGGUAUUAAUGCAGUUAUCACUUUGAAAACAUCUUGCGCAAAGCAGAUAUAACUUGGACGCCACUAAGGAGUGCAUUUACAAAAAUACAUU